ACGAUCCCUUCUGGCGCGGCCAUAUAGUCCCGAUCGAAGCCGACCCCAAUAAACGCAAAUCGCCGGAACCGAUUCCGAGGUUCGCCGGCACCGGCGUCGAGAUGGCGCUGCCGUGCCUUAGCGUCACCCUCUCGCGCGAUUGGUGCCACCGACGCGCUUUCCUCGCCGCUGGCCUCCGCCCUUCCGUGACCAUUCUCGCCGACGGCGCCGUCAUCCAUUGUUGGGCCCCUGCGCGCCCGGAUCCUUCUCGCCUCCCCCUCGUCCUCCUACACGGGUUCGGAGCCACCGCCAUCUGGCAAUGGUCGGGCCACCUCCGCCCCCUUCGCCGGGCCGGAUUCGACCUCUACGUGCCGGACCUCCUUUUCUUCGGCGCCUCCGAAUCGCCCAGGCCGGACCGAUCCGAGGCCUACCAAGCCCGGUGCGUCAUGGCCGCCAUGGAGGAACACGGAUUGCGGCGAUUCGGCCUUGUCGGGGUGAGCUACGGAGGGUUCGUGGCGUACCAGAUGGCGGCGAUGUUUCCGUCAGCGGUGGAGCGGGUGGUGCUCUGCUGCGCCGGCGUGUGCCUCGAGGAGCGGGAUCUUGCCGAGGGCCUCUUUGUCGUGUCCAACCUGAUUGACGCGGCAGAGAUCCUGCUUCCCCAGCGGCCGGAGAAGCUACGCCAGCUCGUCCGAUUGUCCUUUGUCCGCCCGCCGCGCAUAAUGCCCUCUUGCUUCCUCCGUGAUUACAUACAGGUGAUGUGCACAGAUUAUGCUCGAGAGAAGGUCGAGUUACUCCAUGCUUUAAUCAACGAAAGAAAACACUUGAUCCUUCCAGAGAUUACGCAGCCAACCUUGAUAGUUUGGGGUGAGCAAGAUCAAAUUUUCCCUUUGGAACUGGGUCACAGACUAAAGAGGCAUUUAGGGGAUAACGCUCAGCUCGUCGUCAUCAGCAAUGCUGGCCAUGCUGUUAAUCUCGAGAAAUCCAGAGAAUUUUGUGAGAAUAUAAUCAAAUUCUUUCAUGGUUCUGCCUACACUGAUCAGAACGGACUGAAGGUCUAGUAAAGAUUGAACUUGUUGCAUCAGAGAAGAAUCCGGAGCCCAAAAAUCUUCCCUAAUUUGUUCUUGUCGUUCUUUCUCCGUAUUUCAUGAAGAUUUUGAAGAAAGAGCUGUGGAUAAUUUUUCAUUUUAAACCUUGUAUAAAUACUCCGUUUUUAACGUUUAUUCUCCCAGGUGGAGUAUUUGGCUUCUU